CUGAUGUGUUUUUGAUAUCAAUUCUAACCAUGUCUCCUCUACUGUGUUCUUUCACUCAGAGAUCUGCAUGCAUAGAAAUAAAGGAAAGUGAGAAGAUCUUUACUGAGCUGAUCCGAUCCAUUGAGAAGAUCCACACUGAGGUUAUUGAGCUGAUUGGAGCUAACGAGAAGGCUGCAGUGAAUCAGGCUGAAGGACGCAUGAAGAAACUGGAGCAGGAGAUUGCUGAGCUAAGGAGGAGAAACGCUGAGCUGAAACAGCUUUCAGAGACAGAGGAUCACAUCCAUUUUCUACAGAAUUUCCAGUCUCUCUGUGCCCCUCCUGAAGCUGGAGACUUACCCAGCGUUACUGUCAAUACAGACAUCUCUUUUGGGGCUGUGAGGAAAGCUGUAUCUGAACUUAAAGACCAUAUUGAGGACUUCUGCAAGGGGGAAUUAGUCAAAAUAACCACAACAGUGAAUGAAGUUGCAGUUUACAGUCUGCAGGCCCCAGAGCCAAGGAACAGAGCUGAGUUUUUAAAAUAUUCCUGUCAGCUCACACUGGACCCCAACACAGCGUAUAGAAACCUCUGUCUGUCUGAAGGGAACAGAAAGGUGACACUGAGGGGAGAGACCCAGAGAUAUCCUGAUCACUCAGAGAGAUUUGAGAACUGGACCCAAGUGCUUUGCAGAGAGGGUUUGUCUGGGACUCGCUGUUACUGGGAGAUUGAGUGGAGUGGGGGAGGGGCUGAUAUAGGAGUCACAUAUAAAGGAAUCAGCAGGAAAGGAUGGGAUCGUUCCUGUAUCCUUGGAUUCAAUGACAAGUCCUGGAGUUUGUUCUGCUCUGAUUCCAGUUACACUGCCCGGCACAAUAACAAUGAAACUACAAUAACUGCCCCCCCCUCCCCCAGAAUAGGAGUGUAUCUGGACUUUAAUGCCGGCACGCUGUCCUUUUAUGGCGUCUCUGACACAAUGACCCUCCUGCACAGAUUCCAAACCACAUUCACUGAGCCGCUCUAUCCUGGGUUUAUGCUUUAUUAUGAUUCCUCUGUAACAAUCUGCCAGCUGAACUAGACUGUUUUGUGUUGUAAGAAACCC